AUGCUCGCAAAGCAAGCGCGUCUUGCGUUCCGCCUCCAUCGCUCUCUCUCCUUCAACUUUGAACGCCCCGCCGCCGCCAACGACCUUCGCAUUCUCUUCUUCGACUUCUCAUUUCUCGACUUCUCUUCAAAUAUACAAAUGUCUCUUCAAGCCGCUCAGUACUCUCCUUCGCCGACUCCAUCUGACUCGCCCGAGGCCUCUGCCACGCCUCCGCCCAACGGAUCGUACCCGCCGAAAAAACGCAGCGGGGGUAACAAGAUGCCCCGUAUGCUCGCUGAUGGUAGCGAGCUCGUCUGGCCGCCUGAUCUCGAGGGUGCGCUUUUCGAAGCGCUUUCGGUCUACCCGCCGAUGAUCACCCGCCGUACCGUCACGGUCUACUCACCUAAGGGCCAGCCCUCCGAGUUUGGCAAUGUCGGCCGCUGUCAGCUCAUUCAGGAGUAUAUCCUUAAGAAGACUGGUAAACUCCGUACGCGCAAGCAGGUCGCGAGCCGUCUUCAGCGCCUUCGUCAGACUCACAAGGACGAUCCGCGGAUGAUGGCUCUUCUUCGCAGCGCACGUAGGUCUCCUGGAGAGUCUUCGCUGCCGAUCUACGAUGACCCCCCGAAGCUGACUGGGUACGAUGUCAAUGCGCCCAUUAUGUCUUCGCCUGCUCGUCGUGCAGGUAUCCCCAUGAAGAUGGGUGGUCUUCUCGCUGAGGACGUCGACGGUCACGAUGAUUCAGGUUAUGCGUCGUCCGGUCCGUAUCCCGGUAUCGCCCUUCCUAAGAUGGGCGAGCCUGGCAUCAUCGUGCAUGACCCCGAAGACAGCGAGAACAUUCCUCCUGAAGGUUAUAACGCCGAAUGGGCAGAGUACGACGGCCCAAGGUCGAACUCAAUGUCGCGUCGUCGCCUGACAUCGAACCUCCCGGCUCUGCGUGUGCAGGUUGACUUGCCUCCGCCGCCGUCUCAUCUCUUCCCAACGUCAUCCACCUCCAGCGAUUCGCCUGAGUAUUGUCCGUCUGCGAUCCAGAACAAGUCCUACCUCUCGGCCGAGUCGGCUUCCGAGGGUCAGCCCGUUACGCCUCUCGACCAGAUCUUCACGGCGCCUGAGCAUCCUCCCGAACUGCGCCGUGACAUCAAGCGCCCUGCUCAUUUCUCGCAGCCGUAUGCUCAGAGUGAGCUCCCGGAAGGGGUCCAGUACGGCGUUCCUGUUCCUGCGUCGGCUCUCGAGGGCAACAUGUACAAGGGUUAUCGUCAGCCCGCCGCGUCUAACUUUUCGUCGCCGUACACUUCACCUUACCCGAGCCCGACUGCGCAGUACUUCGCCCGCCAUGGCGGCGCUCCCGGCAUGAACUUUGAGGACGCGCUCCAUCAGGCCGCUCCGCCGACGUAUCAUCUCCGCCACAUGAUGCCGCAUCUUGGGCGCCACAACUCGUAUCAGCAUGCGCCUCGCCCGGGAGCGCACUUUCACCAGCCGAUGGCGCCGUAUGGGUACUCGCCUUCGCAACAGAGCCCACUCUCCGCAUCGUACAAUGGCCUUCCCGCAUCAGCGUCUCAGCCGCUCGACCAGUACCUUCCGGCUUCGCACAACGCCGAAGACGGCCAGGAGCGCGCACGCGGUCACUUUGCGCGUGCGUUUGGCGCGAUGGAGUUACAGUCUCCCGUCGCCAUCCGUCCCUUCUUCAUGAACGCCGACGGCUCUUCGUCGGGCUCCCUCAGUACCUCGAGUGAUACCGAUACGCCUCCCGCUACGGAGACUCCCGCAGCGCUCGCCGUCAAGCCUGAGCCGGGGGCCGGCAUGGAGCAGUACACGCAGUUUAGCCCUCAAUCGGGCGCUGUGCACUACGGUAUACCCGUCGCCGGUUCCGAUGCGCAUUAUCGCCAAGCCUCGGGCUCGUACUAUGGGAACCACGCGGGCGCCUUCUUUGUUGGCGCCGGUCCAUCAGGUGCCCAUCACUUCAGCCCGCAGGCAAGCGCCGCUCCUCUUGGGCAGAGCCCAGAGGGUCUGAACUCGAACGCGCAAUACUCGGGCGAGGAACCUGGCGCGCCGCACUUCCGUACUAUCUCUGGUGAGAAGGCCGAAGAGAUUUUGUCUAGCCAGCCCACUGCGCCCAUCGCCGUCAAGAUCGAGGAGGCGCCGGCGGAGACUGAAGAGGCCUGGUCGCCUUCCGCCUACACGAACGACACGAACUAG